AUGACGUCGAUGAGCGUGAACGUGCAGGGGGCGGAUGAGGUGAGACGGAGGUUUCUAAACUUUUUGAAUGAGUUUGAGUUCGACGCCGCGGACGACGCCGAUGGACCGCUGGCGAGUCCGGGGUUCAGGGACGAGGCGAGACGAGCGAGGAGAUUGGUGUACGUCGAGCAGUUGUUCUCGGACGCGAUGGAGAACAAGACGACGCUGACUGUUGAUUUUGAGCACCUGAAUCAAAAGGACUCAGAGUUGGCGGUGGAGGCGGUGCAGGCAAACUUUUACAUGUAUCAGCCAUUCUUGCAUGACGCGGUGAAGGUGUUCGUGCGACAGCAUCGUCCAGAACUGGUGCGCUACGCUGGAGGGGUGGAAAAGUCGAGAGAGAAGGAGUUUUGGGUCAAGUUUGUCAACUUGCCUCGCGUUGAGCGGCUGAGAAGUCUUCGCGCGAACAACAUCGGGCAACUGUCGAGCUUCAGCGGCACAGUGACGCGCACGUCGGAAGUGCGGCCGGAAUUGCUGUUGGGAUGCUUCAAGUGCGGUGAGUGCAACACGUUGGUACCGAAUGUUGAGCAACAGUGCAGAUACACCGAGCCUUCUAUUUGUCUCCUGGAGACCUGCGGCAACAGGACAAAGUGGACGCUCGAGCGGGAGGGUUGCAAGUUUGUGGACUGGCAGCGAGUGCGAGUGCAAGAGAACGCGGACGAGGUACCCGCUGGAUCAUUACCGCGAAGCAUGGACGUGAUCCUUCGGCACGAAAUCGUAGAAGAGGCGAGAGCGGGAGACAAGGCAAUCUUCACCGGCACGUUGCUCGUCGUUCCCGAGGUGGCGCCGAAGAAUAUGGCCGGUGAUCGCACCGAACUUCAAUCAUCCGUCAAGGGGCGAAGCGAUGGUGUCUCGGGUUUGCGCCAAUUUGGCUGUCGGGAGCUCUUCUAUCGCAUGGUUUUCGUCGCCCAGAGCGUGGUAAACACGGCCGAUCCAGGCGGUGGUGGCGACGUGGACAUUCGAGGAGACGACGAAGAGAAGAAGGUUGUCGAAACUUUGUCUUCGCAAGAGCGACGCGAGAUCACGCAGAUGGCACAGGACCCUCACUUGUACGACAAGUUCGUAAAGUCCAUCGCCCCGACGGUGCAUGGCCACGGCGAUAUCAAGCGCGCCAUCACCCUCAUGUUAUUCGGUGGAGUGCACAAGAGCACUGGGGCAAAACAAGGUUUGAGAGGCGACAUUAACGUGCUCAUCGUGGGAGACCCUUCGUGCGCAAAGAGCCAGUUUUUGAAGUACGUUUCGUCGUUUUUACCACGCGCGGUGUAUACCUCCGGGAAGAGCUCUUCCGCAGCUGGUUUGACGGCGACGGUUGCCAAGGAUGUCGAGACUGGGGAAUAUUGCAUCGAAGCUGGCGCACUCAUGCUUGCGGAUAACGGCAUUUGCUGCAUCGAUGAGUUCGACAAGAUGGAUGUGAAAGAUCAAGUCGCCAUUCACGAAGCGAUGGAGCAGCAGACUAUCAGCAUCGCUAAGGCUGGCGUCCAAGCUUCAUUGCAGGCGAGAACAAGUAUUCUCGCUGCGGCCAACCCGAACGGUGGUCGGUAUGACCGAAGUAAAAAGUUGAGGCACAACUUGGCCUUGCCCCCGGCGAUUCUGUCUCGUUUCGAUUUAGUACACGUGAUGAUAGAUGAGCCAGAUGAGUUCCACGACUACACUCUGGCUCGACACAUCGUCAGCUUGCAUCAAAAGCGUGAAACAGCCGUUAAUGUCGACUACACGUUGGAGCAACUCCAACGCUACAUCCGGUACGCACGCACCAUCAAGCCGCAAAUGACGCCGGAAGCGCAAAAAGAAAUCGUGAACGCUUAUGUGAAGCUUCGUACGGGUGACAGUCAACCGGGGACGCAGACGGCGUACAGGAUUACCGUUCGUCAGCUCGAGGCGAUUGUCCGUCUUUCCGAGGCGCUAGCGCGCUUGCAUUGUCGAGCCGAAGUACAUCCGAAGCACGUCAGAGAAGCAAGACGCCUUUUGUCAGAGUCCAUCAUCGCUCUUGAGGCUGGCGAUGUGGUCUUAGACGCGGAUGAUGUGGAGCUGGAAAACGAUGAAAGCCGCCCCAUUUUGCCCGAGCAAGUCUUGGCCAGUCUGCACGCAAAGCGUCAAGAGCAAGAGCGUGAAGCGAAGGAGCAAGCCAAUAAAGCGGCGAACGCCAGUGAAGAUGAUGCUAUGGCGCCCGCUGAACCGGGGCGUGUCCCAGAGAAGAAGAAAACAAAGGUGAGCGCCGAGAAGUUCAACCAGGUUAAACACAUCCUGUUGCGUCACAUGCGCGAACGCGAGAUGGAACUGGAAGGCGGCGAAGACACGGGAAUCGUUCAAAAGGAUUUGAUCAGCUGGUACAUCGACGAGCAGGUCGUUCCAUCGGGUGUCUCCGAUCCAGAGCAACUCUUAGCCGAAUAUAAGCUCGUGCGGAACAUCAUCAACCAUCUCGUGAACAGAGAGAGCACUCUCAAUGUCAUCCAGGAGGCGGAACCGGCUCCGAUGCUCACCGAGGGCGACGAGGAGCUCGAUCCCACCGUCGUCCGAGCUCGCGAGCGCCAGCGCGCGCUCGAAGAACGCGUGCUCGCCAUCAAUCCCAACGUUGAUUUCGAUUAG